GGAGGGGAACUGGGUGCCAUGGAGAUCCACAUGCCCAAUGCCAUUAGCAUACCCUCCACUGAAACACUUCUUUUUCGAGACAAGAUCAAAUUAAAAAGAAAGGCGGAAAGAGCUUGAUGACUGGAAAGAGUAGUUCACGGGUUGGGCUCCGAACUCAUUAUAAAUCCACCUACAGUGAUGCAUUAAUUCCUCCCAUCCUUAAGACGCUAUCUUCAUGGCUUCCAGAACCAAGGCAGCACUGCUCCUAUCCAUGGCCCUCACGUCCAUUGCAUUGCCGGCGGCAUUCGCCUGCAACUCGUGCUCCCGCCCGACGUUCCCAUGGUCUCCAUCCACAAAGAAGCCACCUAGAAUGCUGCUUCCACCUCCAUCCGAGGGCGGCAGCGGCCUUCCGUGGAUGGGUACACCUCCGGCCAAGUGCUCGUUCGACAUUCUCAAACUGGGGCUGUGUCUCGACGUCUUGGGCGGUCUGGUGCACGUUGGUUUGGGCAAGCCGGUGGAGAACGUGUGCUGCCCGGUGCUGCAGGGCUUGCUGGAGCUGGAGGCCGCAGUGUGCCUCUGUACCGCCAUCAAGCUGAGGGUGCUCAACCUCGACAUUUAUAUCCCACUGGCCCUCCAGGUCCUCAUCACUUGCGGGAAGGACCCUCCUCAGGGUCACGUCUGCCCUCUCAGCUAGCUAGCAUCAAGAAAACAAAAACAAACAAAACUAGCAAGUUUGAUACGUUGGAAUGGGUGGCGUGGCUUCUUGUGUUAGGGUUCGAUCGGCAUUUGGUGAUAAUGUGGUGGUUUAGGGUUAGGGUGUCUUUGACUGAGAGCUGGCUUCAAUGGUGUCAAUGAUUUCUUGCCUCAAAAUCAUUUGUAAGGUUGUUAGCUUGCGUACUGACUUGCAAUGAUUUUUAUUUGAAUUCAGUUUGGUUU